UCUGUUUCAUCCAUUUUAGCCCGGGAAAAUUUUGAGAGAUAUGUCCGAAAUGUGACACCCCCGAUGCCGAAAUGGGAAAGUGACGAUUCUUUAACAACAAGAAGUGUUAUCAGUACGAUCUCUAAUCAAGGAAGACUAGACAAAGUGAACCAGUAUAAGAUCAUAAAGAUAAUCGGUCAAGGGUCAUUUGGAAAGGUUUUCCUCUCUAAAGACUGAAACACAGGCAAAAAGAGAGCUUUGAAAAUCCUUGACAGAAAAAUGAUUUCCUGGACUUUGAUCAAUAAAACUCAGACUGCAGAAGCAGCUGUCAGGAAGGAGAUAGCUAUCAUGAAGAAGCUGAAACACCCCAAUGUUGUUAAAUUAGUAGAAGUUAUAGACCAAGAAGAUGAUGAUGCAAUAUACUUGGUAAUGGAAUAUGCUGGCAAGCAUUCUUUGCAAGCAAAAAUGAAGAAAAGCAAAAUUCCCUCUGUGUAUAUCUGGAAUUACUUCAGAGAUGCUCUUAGAGGGCUUCUAUACUGCCACGAGGAAGCAGGUGUUGUUCAUAGAGAUAUUAAACCUGAGAAUCUUUUGAUUACAAAAGAUAAUAGGAUAAAAAUUGCAGAUUUUGGGUGAAGUGUUAUUAUCCAGAAUGGCUCAAAGGAUCUUGAAAACACAGUAGGAUCUAACUAUUUCUUCUCUCCAGAAAUAACUCAAGGGGUCACUCAUGAAGGUAAACCAAGUGAUGUAUGGGCAUUAGGAGUAACUUUAUAUCUUAUGCUAUUUGGUGAGUAUCCCUUCCAAGCUCCAAGCAAUGAAUACCAGAUUCUCUACAGAAGAAUUCAAAACGAAGAGCCAUACUACCCAGUAGACUUCGAAGACAAAGACGCUAUUGAUCUUCUUAAACAGAUAUUCAUCAAGGACCCAAAGCUACGAAUCACUCUCAAACAAAUAAAGACCCACAGCUGGGUGACCGCUUCCGGAAAGUUCCCCUUAGCAGACAAAGAGGAGCAACUAUCUAACGAUGACUCCCAAGUUGAGGCAUAAAAACACUAAAAAUUUAACAAUAUAUU